AUGGGAAUAAACGAGUUCUCCUCCGGCAGUGAGGAUCUCAACUAUGUCUUUGUAUUCUCCUACGCAUUCAGCAAGACUUGGAAGCCACACAUGUGGAAUGUCUUUGCCCAUGAGCUUGGGCACGUCCUUGGAUUGCGACACGAAUUUGCGAUUGGGGACGAGCAAGGCAAAAUGACUGCUUCCAAAGAGGGACCAAGCGCUAUCCGUAUUGAUGCUCCGGAUCCCAUGUCGGUCAUGAACUACCGUAAUGAACCCCCAAUGAUCCAGCAGUCCGAUAUCGACUCGACACGCAAGUUUUACAGCAUGACUGAGGAUGAGAAUAGUGAAAGCCCAAAGAUUGGCAUGACUAAGAUUCUCGACUACACCCUAAGGUGA